UCCAGGUGUCCAUCCACAUGUCCAGGUGUCCAUCCAGGUGUUCGUUACCUCUCUCCCUCUCUCCCACAGGUGUCCAUCUGUCCAUCUGUCCGUCCGUCCGUCCAUGGCGCUGGCCGAGCCGGAGCGGGCACUGCCCGGGGCUCUGCCCAGCCCAGCCGUGCCCGGCGCCGCUCGGCCGCUGUUCUGCCGCCGGGGGGCGCUGCGGCACAAGGUGGUGCACGAGGUGAAGAGCCACCGGUUCACGGCGCGGUUCUUCAAACAGCCGACCUUCUGCAGCCACUGCACCGACUUCAUCUGGGGCAUCGGCAAACAGGGCCUGCAGUGCAUGGUUUGCAGCUUUGUGGUUCACAAGCGCUGCCACGAAUUCGUCACCUUCGAAUGUCCCGGGGCCGGGAAGGGACCCCAGACUGACGAUCCCCGGAACAAGCACAAGUUCAAGGUUCACAGCUACAGCAGCCCCACCUUCUGCGACCACUGCGGCUCGCUGCUCUACGGCCUCGUGCACCAGGGCAUGAAGUGCUCCUGUUGUGAGAUGAACGUGCACAAGCGCUGCGUGCAGAGCGUGCCCAGCCUGUGCGGGGUCGAUCACACCGAGCGCCGGGGGCGCCUCCAGAUUCGCAUCCAGGCCCUGCCCGGGGAGCAGCUCCACGUCACAGUGGGCGAGGCCCGGAACCUGAUCCCGAUGGAUCCCAACGGGCUCUCGGAUCCCAAAUCCCAAAAAUCCCAAAUAAUUAGCAUUUUUCCUCAUUUUUUCCCCAUUUUUUGCC